AUGACGACGAUGAUGAUGAUGAUGAAGGAGUCAUUGACUCCUGAAGAGCCUGAAGAUCUACAGGAGCUCCCGGAAGCUGAGGAUUUCCCUCCAGAGGGAGAAUCUUCAGGGAAGACUGAAAUGUUUCAAGAAAACGAACUUCACGAGUCUCGAAAACCCCAGGGUCCAGCAGAAAAUACUUCUGAGGCAUCACUUCCGGAGGAAAUUGAAGUGGAAAAGCCUGGAGAUGAAAGUCUAAAUCUUCAGGAGCCUCAGGAACUUUUGAAAAAGGAUUUGGCGUCGACAGCUCCUGAAGAAGUUAAAAGGUCUGGAGAUGAAAGUCUAAAUCUUCAGGAGCCUCAGGAACUUUUGAAAAAGCCUUUGGCGUCAAUGCUUCCUAAAGAAGUUGAAGUGGAAAAGUCUGGAGAUGAAUGUUUAGACCUUCAGAAGUCUCAGGAGAUUUUGAAAAAGGAUUUGGAGUCGACGAUUCCUGAUGAAGUUGAAGUAGAAAGUUCUGGAGAUCAUCGCUCAGAUUCUCAGGCGCAUCAGGGGCUUCUAGAAAAACCUUUGAUGUCGUCAGUGGCUGAAGAAGUUCAACUACAAAAGUCUGAAGAUCAUCAUCUAGACUCUCAAAAGCCUGAACAUCUAGAAAAACAUUUGGAGUCAACACUUCCUAAAGAAUUUGAAUUAAAAAAAUCUGAAGAUCAACCUCUAGACCUCCAAGCGCCCCAGGAACUUCUGAAAAAAUCUUUGGGGUCAACAAUUUCUGAAGCAGUUCAAAUAGCAAAGUCUGAAGUUCAUCUAGACUCUCACAAGCCUCAGGAACUUCUAGAAAAACCUUUCGAGCCUCCACUUCCCGAAGAAGUUCAAAUAAAAAAGUCUGGAGAUCAACUAGAUCUUCAACAGCCACAGGACCUUUCAGAAAAACCUUCAGAGACUUCAGUUCCUGAAAAAGUCUAUCUACAAAAGCCUGAAGAUCAAUGUCUAGACCUUCAAAAGCCCCAGGAUCUUUCAGGAAAGCCAUCAGAGACUUCACUUCCUGAAGAAGUUCACCUAGAAAAGUCAGCAGCUCCUCAUCUAGACACUCAGGAAUAUCUACAAAAACAUCUAGAAUCACCAGUUCUUGAAGAACUUCAACUGAAAAAAUCCGAUGAUCAAGUUUUAGACCUUCAAAAGCUUCAGGAUCUUUUAGAAAAGUCUUUGGAGUCAUCAUCACCACAAGAACUUGAAGCCCACCACCCCCAGGGCCCAAUCACUGAGCCCUUGAAACCCUCUCCUCCCCCACUAGCUCCAGUCCAGAGGGAUAAUAUGUUUUUUUGA